UCACAAAAACCGCCAUUUUCUUUUGUAAGUCUCAAGUGUUCCUUUCGUUUUAGCUGUUAUCGGUUGAAGUUUUUUCAUAUUGUAAAAUUACAAUUUCCCAUUUUGAACGGUUGCGUUUGAAUUUUAAUGGUAGAUUUACCUUAAAUCUGUUAUAAAAGCUUAAAGUGUUCUAUCUUGUAAAGGCUACACGUUUAUACAACCUUUUACAUUUCUUGAUUUUUGUCAAAAUGGUGUCCACUGGAAAACGUUUACCAUACGUUUGUAAUAAAAUGAGUUCUUCAGAUGAAGAAUCUUCGGAAGAAUUCGAUUAUAAGUAUCAAAACGAAAACAUUGUAUGUGGGGAGACUGAUUCAACUAAUAGAGGAAGAAAACCCAGAUGUUUAUCCAAAAAUGCACAAAUGGCACGAGAAAAUCGUUUGAGAAAAAAAUUGUACGUUAACAAAUUGGAAAAAGAAGUAAUGGCGUUAAGAAAUGACAACAAAAAGUUAAAUUCUAUACUAAAAAACCAAUCCUCCAUAAUAAAAGAACUAAAGCAAGAGAAGAAAUAUCUGAGUAGUGUUAUAGCCAAUAGCGCUGAUAUUAAAAGCUUAAUCAGGAAUAUUCACACAAGCACAGGUAUGUCUGUAUCAUCCUCAUUGGAUAAAAAUUUAUCACUGAACAAUGUUUAUGUUCCAAAGAUGCCCACUAUAGACAGCACAGAUAGUACUGAAGAUUUUCCCAGUUUUGACUGUUUGUUGAGUGAUUCAAAUUUAAAUAUGGACAUUUAUGGUGACAUUACCCAACAACCAUUACAUUUUCCAGAUGAUUUGUUCCAUAUUAAUUCACCAACGUUAAGUCUUGAAGAUCAUACCUAUACAGCACAAGACGUCAAUGAAAGUGAUGAUGCAGGAGUAUGUUUACAUGUUUCAAAACAUAGGGUUUCCCUGGAAUUUUGUUCAAAAUGUAGUGAGAAAGCUGGAAAAUCCUGGAGUCAGCUUUAAAGAACUGUAAAAAUGUCUGUAUUUUGUUAUUUACUAUGUAAAUAUUAGCUUUAGGUUUUCUUAUAUAUAUAUGAUCAGUUUGCCAGAAACUAAAAUAUAAAAGAGAAUGUACAGUUAUUCAAUUAAGUUUCUCAUAAUUAAGUUGAAAUUAAGUAUAAGUAUUCUAUGAUUAUUUCAAAUGGUUUGUCAAUAUUUUUCCACAAUUUUUUUUAUUUAUAUACUAAAAGUUUAGAUUAUUAGAGAAUAUUAACAUAUGGACGUACUUACAUUUUUAUAGAAAUAAAGUAGUUAGUUCAACUGUAAAAAAAUAAUAUUCAAGUAAGAUUUAAAAAAUGGGUGGACUGAUCUGUAUAUAGAGUAUUUAUUAUAACAAUAUGUGAUAGCUCUUUCCUUACACUCAAAAUUUUCUGUUGAAUUGUUACUGGUGAUUUUUUACCGUUUUAGGAUUCAAGCAGAACAACAGGAGUAAAGAUGGGGCAGAAGUCUUUCACAUUUUCCCCUUCUGAUCCAAUUUUAAAAGUCUGGAGCAACUGUUUGGUAUGACGAGGCUGUAAUAGGUUAAGUAUGAUCUUGUCGUAUCGUUCCAUUUUUUAUAAUACAUUAAACACAAUUUACUAAACAAUUUGGGUGUGUUUUAUAUUCCAGCUCACAGAUUUCGGCUGCAGCGUGUGAUCCUAAAAGCCACGGUUAUGUGGUCGGCAGAUAUUUAACAGGUAUGUUUUCAUUUUGUGUAAGGAAAGAGUAAUAAAAUUUUUGUACUGUA